GGGCGCUCGCGCAGCGGCGGCAGCAGCAGCAGCAGUAGCUCGACGAUGGAGCCCUGAGGACGAGCGGAGGGCUUUCGGUUGGGGUUGAGCCCACAACCACUGGGUGUAAAGACAGUUUGAAGACACCGAGAAGGCUACACAGCUCCAGUGACGCGUGUGUGUGUGUGAGAGAGAGAGAGAGAGACAGGCCGUCUGUCCUCAUGUCGGCGCCCCCUAACAGGAAGUCAUCUUCGGGAUCACGCAGGUACCCCACCCCCACACACCCCCCAUGCAUACUGACUUCUUGCCCUAUCCUUUAGUUGCGUCCUUCUCACUUCUCCUCAUCUCUCCAUCUCAUUGACUCGCCUCUGUUUUUCAUGCCCCGUCACCUGGUCCUCCAUUCAUUUCUCCACCCAUUCACCUCCCCUCUCUCUCUUUCACCUUUUUCUCUCUCAUGCAUCUCCAUCAUCUCUCCGUCCAACUGUCACUCUUCUUAAUCCCUCUUCCUUCAAGCUACUCCCUCUCACAUCAGCCCUGCUUUUCUUUUUUGUCAUCCUGUUCACUUAACUCUCCAUUAUUUACAUCUCAUCUCUCUGUUCUCUCUAUCCUCCCCGAUGCUCUCCAUCUCCCUAUGUUCUUGUAAAACAUCCUAAAGGUACUUCUGACUCAUCAGGAUUAAAAAAAAUACAAAGUUGGUCUUUUUUUCUGGUUUUCCAAAGAGACCAAACCCAUCGAUGAUUGUUGUCUUUAUUACUUUCUUCUUGAUCAUCUUGUCAUUUUUUUUUCAUGGCACCAGGACACGAACACAGCAAAACAAGACCGAAACUUCUCAGCCCCCCCUUUUCCAACUUUCCAAAUGUUUCAUCUGUCUGUGGAAGAUUCAGCUCUCAGUACUUUAUCAUGUGUGCCAUUUUUUCCUCUUCCAAAAUGUUGGCUGCGUAUUACCAUUAAAUCAGCAUGAUUAUUGAAAAGAGUGUGUUGUUUACCAGCCGACAGAGCAUUGCACACUUGCACUUUUCUCACUUUGUCUGUGUUGAUCUAGUUUCCAUCCAGUUCUGCUUAAAAAUGCUCAGAUCUUGCACCGGCAUGAUCUUCUUUUCAUAUUCUGAGGCUCACCUGUUGAUUCUGUUUCCCUGGGAAAAUAUUUUUAUUUUCUAAUAUUUGCCAUAUAAUGAGAUAUAGGUUAUGGCAUGUAUUUUAAGUGGUAGGUAUAGGAGAUUGAAUUGCACAGAGGUGAAUUGUCUGAUUUUAAAACUUCAACCUCUCUGAGGAACAUUUUGAACUUGAAAGCCUUGAAGAGCAAGAUGCUGUUGUGUUACUACACAGAUUGCUGACACAACUGACAUGGAAUUACACUUAUUUGUGCCAGACGGCAGAGAGAUCAGAAUCCCGAGCACGCCUACACGGCUCCUGUCAGGGAAAGGCUCGUGAUUAAUGAUGUCCUUUUAACACAAAAUAUGCUUUAUCGCAAUUUAUUAAGAGAUUUUCCAUCUAUAAAGACACCUUUUCAUUGAAGACCUAUUUCAAGAAGAACCAGACUACUUCUGGAAGUGAAGGCUUACAUACUGUCAGCUUUAUGACUGCAGUACUUUAGGCACAUGGACAUUAUCCAUCAGUGAACAUGGUUGCUCGGUGAGAUCGUUCUGUAACGUACUGCUUUUAUUGGAACUGUCCCGUCUUGCCUUGCGCUUGCGAAAGCUGAGCCGCGUUUGCAUCCAUGCUUGAAUCCAGACGUCUCCCUCUCUUGUUUCUUUCCCCAGAUUCAACCCCCUGAAGGCUCUGCAGCCAAAACGCCGCUUGCAGCAAAUGUUGUCUUCCCCUUCUGCGUUUGCUUCCGCUGCUUUCUUCAGCCUCCUUUUUUGCGUUGCUCGAUUGCCCUCCGCCAUAUCCUGCCCCUUUCCCCGCCCUUUCUCCACCCCUUUCAGAUGUAGCUUUAGCGGUUCAGCUCUCCUAUUGGCUCUGCACCCAGAGCUCCAGUGCUGGGGCCCAGUGAUUGGAAAACUCCAGUCUUCCUGGACCAAAGACAGUUUCUGAUUGCUUAAUUUGUAAUCACAUGUUGAGGUGUUUGACCAAUGAGGAGGUCCCAUGGAUCCACAAUGGCCGGAGUUGUCCAUCCCUGUUGUAACUUGACUGCAAAUCCUCACCGUUGGUUAGGAUUGAUAUUUGUUUUGACUAUUGCAGGUUCGUAGAGCUAGACUACAUUCCCAUGGAGACAGGCUUUAUGGUUUCAAUGCGCCAAAGUCGUGGAUUUCUGUCCCCACGUUCGCCGGAGCGGCUCAAUCGACGGCCUGCUGCUCCAGUCAGCUCAAGGGACCCUUAUGGCAACUCCUCCCUCAGCAGCAGCUCUGGGUCCUGCAAGGGAAGCGAUGGAAGCCCAGUGCCCAGGGCAGCCAUUGCCUGUGGAUCUCACUGUACCACUCAUAGGCGUCAGGUGAAGUAUGCGUCCUGCACGGACAACCACGGGAUCCGGCCACCUCCCCCGGAGCAGUAUUUGACGCCCCUGCAGCAGAAGGAGGUGUGCAUCCGGCACCUGCGAGCACGCCUCAAGGACACCAUCGACCGGCUGCAGGACCGGGACUCGGAGAUCGACGAGCUGAAGACUCAGCUCUCACGUAUGCAGGAGGACUGGAUCGAGGAGGAAUGCCAUCGUGUGGAGGCCCAGCUGGCUCUGAAGGAGGCGCGGAAGGAGAUUCAGCAGCUGAAGCAGGUGAUUGACGUGGUGAAGAGCAACCUGGGACACACAGACACCGGUGUGCAGAAGUACUUCCAGGACAUCAACAUGCAGAAUCACAAGCUGGAAAAACUGCUGUACACCAUGGAGCUGGCUCAGAACGGCUUGGCCAGGGAAGACGGAGCAGGACCAGGGGCAGGGCUGGGCCUGUCCAGGUCUUGCGAGGGUUCGCCAGCUCGCUCCCUCACACGCAGCUCUACCUACACCAAGCUGAGCGAUCAGGCGCUGGCUGAUAAGAACGGCAAUGCCCCGGACUUCCCGAGCCUUUCGGGCGAGGAGACCCAGGACAGCGGCUGCGUCUGCGGGGACAGCAGGGCCAGCCGGGCCGACCUGCUGCUGGAGGCCACGCUGCUGUCCGAGGAGACGUCGUCCCUGCUGAGCGCCUGCUCCCGCCUGCCGCACUCCUCCACCUACGAGAAGCUGUACAGCAGCGACAGGGCCCUGCCGCUAAGGUGCAGCCGCAAUUGCAGCAGCCACUCCUGCAUCGCUCACCACCACCUGUUCUUACACCAUCUCAGGGAGCAAGCCAUCCAAACGGACUGCGGUCCAGCCUACAACCCCGAGCUGGACACCAUUGUGGAGAAGGUGUUCAAGUCUCAGGCCUGCAGCCCUACAUCCACCUGGUUCUCGGAGGAAGGCGAGGACUUCGACACCAUCACCUCGGCAACUGCCACCACUACAGCGGCUGAGCCCACGGAGCCCGCUGUUGCCCCACCACCCUCAUCCCUCUCCUGCACCGUGGAGCUGCCCCCUCUGGAGGACAAGGAGGUGCCGCUGCCUCCGCAGACCUGCCAGCCCAAGAGCGCAUCCCAGCCAGACGAGCACGGUGGCGUCACGGUGGUGGUGGUGGAGGAGGACCAGGACGACGACAUGGAGGGAGGCACAGAAGCCGAGGAUUCCUCCGCGUCUGAAGCUGGUGGGUCGGGACCGCCGCAGAAGAGCUACUGGAGCCGGCACUUCCUGGUGGAUCUGUUGGCUGUCGCCAUGCCUGUGGUGCCUGCUGUGGCCUGGUUGUGCCGGGGGCCCCGCAGAGGGGGGCAGCCUGUCUACAACAUCGGCUCUCUGCUGCGAGGCUGCUGCACCGUUGCCCUGCACUCCCUGCGCAGAGGGGGUGGUACCCGGCACUACCCUGCGGGGGGCGGCGGUGGACUUGGGGGGGUAGAAAUAUGAAGCAGCCUCUCUCCCCCAGUCCAGAAUCCGGAGUAUCGGUCCUGUGGGGCACCAAGCUCCUCUGUCUAAAAUGUACCGGUUAGGCAGACGUCUGAAGCAAUGUCCUUAUACGGCACCUCACUCACUAUAUAGCCUCUCCUGACCUUUAACCUCUUUGACCGUGAACUUUUAACUCCUUCCCUCCACCAUCCUUUCCCUUUUAGGACUCCAGAGAGACACCAGGGAUGUGUGAUUGACGCUGAUUGUAAUGACCAGCCAGAGUGCAGGAAGACAGUAUUGUCUUUCUCCAUCUCUGCCCAUUCCUCCAUGUGUCUGUCGACCGUGCCAAGGUGGCAGGCGCAGUUCUUGGGUUUCACGUUAUGCCAACUCCUCUGUGUCUUUCUGUCAAUGUGUCUGUGUGACAUGGAUGACCUCCCCCCCCCUCCAAGAAAAUGAUGGGAUUUAAGCUGCUGCAUUACGUUUUUGCCAUAGUUACUUCGACCUCAUAUCUACCAUAGUCUGUUGUUCUCUGUCCAAUACAAUGCAAGGCCAAAUUGGAAUUAAAAGACCGAUUUAAAUCUAUCAGACAUUGAGAGACACUUUAAAUGCUUUACUUCGUGUGCCUGUGGUUAAAUAGUUGAAUUCGUACUUGUAUUAAUUACAGUUUUUCCUGAUUGUUUACACACAGUUCUGAAGAAAAUUAAUUUUUCAGACUUAGGAUGCUUGGAAAACGUGGACCUUCCUGUGAACCUUAACGAAAGAUUGGGCAGGACUAAAUGCUGUCUCAAAAUUAUAUCAGAAGCCUUGAAAACAGCAACAAUAUGCUGUAUUACAUGAUUCUCUAAAAAAAGAAUUGCAGUUAUGAAGCGAUGACCAUUCAUGAGGAAAAGUACCAAACAUAUUUAGUAUAAGUCUUGGCUGCCCUCUUGGUCUAGACACAGGUUUUCAUCCUCUUCACCAACUAAAUAAGAGCUGAUCCAGCCUUGGCCAGCCUCUCUUUUAGACUCUUCUGUUCCUCACACACUGUUGAGGGUAUUUCUAUCUCCAUGCGGAGAAGACUUCCUCAACUGGAUUGAGGUUUAGGAGAGUUGGGUGAAAAGAGAGCUGAUUGGAGAACCAUUUCCGAAACAAGUCAGAACUCAUUGGUGAGCAGUUCUUGAAUGGGUGACUGAGUGAACUGAGCAGUGGGAUUAGCUGUUGGUGAACCACUUUCAGAAGAGUCAUUAGCCAUUGGUGAAAUGUUAUUGGAUGAGUGAUCGGUGAACCAUUUUCUGAAGAGUCAUUGGUAAUUGGUUAACAGUUCUUGGAUGAGUCAUUGGUGAACCAUUCUUGCAAUGAGUUAUUGUCUGUUGAACCAGUUGUAGAUGUAAUUUGACAUUGUCCCUUAUGAUGCCAGUAAUAGUUUGCUCUGUGUUGGGAGACCCACACAGAUGGAAAAAUGCCUAUAAAGUGUGUCAAGAAAGCUAGAUGAUGUGCACUGUUGAAAGGUCCAAGUGUAGCACGAUGACUCCUUGAUGGUAGAUGGUGUGGGACAUUCAGUACUGCUAAGUG